UCUUGCGUUCACAGUGCCAACUUGAAGUGAAAUUGGUGAAGUAAAUUUUGUGAUGUGGGCAAAGUAGCUAUUGAAAACAUAAUACCUAUUUGUUUUGCAAUCGUACAUUGCGUGGGAUAAUUAUGAGUUACUAAUGCAACGUGCAUCAUGUCUGACACCAGGCAAGUGAAAGUGGACAACUGGGGAAUUUACUUCCUCCAGAGACUCAAACAUUUCUUCAAUCGCACAGACUACUGCGACCUUACGCUUCAGUUCCAAGACAAUGCCCAGCUUAAGGUCCACAGGCUGGUACUCAGCGCCUGCACGGAGUACUUCGAGCUACUGGAACGUACGUGUGAGAUGUACGAGGAUUGUUUAGUUAUGCCGGACGAUUUGCAAGCGGACGUUGUAGUGCCUAUCAUUAACUUUAUGUAUACCGGACAGUUGGAAUUCAAGCAAGAUUUAUUGGAGAAAUUAUAUCAGACGUCAUUGAUUAUGAACUUACCCAUACUCACUAAACUGCUUGAUGCACAUCGCCCUCAACAAAAACAGCCACCGGCUAAACCUGCGUUUUCUUCAGCUAGUUAUUAUGGCAAAAGGUAUUCCAAGCCGGGGAAACCAGUGGCUGCCCCAAGCAGCAGCAACAAAAGGUCUUAUCAUAGUGCCUUUGAAAGCAAUGAAUUACAAACAGAUCUACAUAAAGUGAAGAAGCCGGCUACGGAUAUGUUUAGCAAAGCCGAAUGUAUUGUCAAAAAUGGGACUACACCGUCUAAUCAGUUUCCUGUAUUUUCUGAUAAAAACAAACGAUUAUCAAAAGAACCUCGUCCAACCAGAUACGAGCUGCCUGAGGAGUUAGAUGAAGAACAUCUUUUUGAUAACUCGUUCACUAGUUUAUCAUAUGGAUCCAAACCCUUGAUGAUUCAUCCAGAAACAUCAACUAAACAGUAUGGUACGAAGAGGCUCAAUUUGUUUGAGGAAGGUACAAGUUCCAGCAGAUUCAUGCGGGCUAGUGCAAGUGACAUUGUGGAAUGUAGAAAGAUUGCAUCUCAAGAGAACAUAUUCUUAGACCCGGGUGAUAGUAUGCAGGAUGAUAGUUCUUUCCAAUCAACUUCACAUAACAUCAAGGGUGAUGCCAAAGACACCAGUGAAAUUUUUGAUCAAAUUUUAGAAAGUAAAUCUUCUAAAAUAACAAUAGAGACGAAAAAUACUGCACAAGCCCAUAAUUUAGAUCAUGCCAAGAUUAUAAGUGAAGUGCUAAAGAAAUAUCCACAUUUAGUAAAAAACAACAAAAAUAUUAAAUUGAAAAUUUUAAACACUACUAAAGCUAAAAAAUCUAUUUCUUCAAAUGAAGAUAAGGCAAAAUCGAGAUAUGACACUCCAAAUGAAGAAAAGGCCAAGACGAGAUAUGAACCUCCAGAUUUCACAUAUGAAUCAGAUGUUAUUAAUUCAAAGGAAGCCGCUAAACUCAUUGCCUUGGGAGCUGAUAAUGUUGCAGGACCAUGGAUUUGUCUUAUUUGUGGAACACCGGGAAAAGCUUUGCAUUUUACAUCUUAUUUCAAUUUCCGUAAACAUUUAGUGGAAAUUCACAAUGAAAAACCAAUACCCAGUAUGUGUGAAUAUUGUGGUGUGAAGUCACAGAAAAGAAAUUAUAUUGUUCACCAUAAAUUAACAAAACAUGGAGUGGCGCCACCUGCAGCGUAUAGUUUUCCUAAAUGUAAUAGUUGUGAUUAUAUUGCUCUUACUGAGGCACUUUUAGUAAAACAUAAAACAAGUCAUGCCUCUGAAAAUAACCAUAAAUUUCAUAUACCUUCAGUCCAGAUGAGUCUUGCAAAAAAGACUAAUAAAAAAUAUUUUAGUCCAACUGAGAGAAAAUCAAACCUGCAAUGUGUAUAUUGUAUGAGACAAUUUCUACGAGAGCACAAUCUCUAUGCUCACUUGAAAAUUAAUCAUAAGGAUGCAGCAAAGAAUGAUGGAUUCAUUGAAGAUUCUGAGGAGGAACAAGAAGAUGAAAAGUUUUCCUCUAACAUAAAAGUGACCAAUAAUGAAUCUUCUGAAAAUUUGAUUAAAGUAGAAGUUCCCAUAACUUUUGAAAACUCAUAUGAAGAUUUAAAUGAGCAAUAUCAAAUUGAACAAAAACCUGACGGUAGUAUAUGUGUAUCUACUAAGAAACCUCGUAUUUUGUUGCCCAGUAAUAAAAACAAAAUACUAAAUCUUGGCUUCAGCUCUCCACAACAAAAUGUAUCUUCUCCACAAAAACCAGAAUUGUUGCCAAAUGCUUCUCUUAAAAGAAAUGAAUUUUCACAAAAUAUGUAUCAAUCUCAUAUGAGGCCUAUUUCUAGCCAAGAAACAGUUUUUAUUGAUAAUAAUGAAUAUAUACUACAAGAUAACCAUCUAAUUCCUAAAAAAGAGAAGUCUGCCACAGAAUAUAUAGUAUCCCAUGCUUCAAAUGAUGGUGAAAUACAAUCAAUAAUGCCUACAACAUCGGUGGAGUAUCAUAACAUAAACACCUCUAAUCCUGAUCGAAAAAUGCUUAUAAAAUCUACCCAUGUGGAGCAACCCUACCAAAUAGUUGUUUCAAGUGAAGAAGAGUACAAAGCCUUGUUGAAUUCUAAUCAAUCUGUUUUAUAUGAUGAAGGACAAGAAAUAAAAGCACUAUCUGAACUAGGCGAACCUGAAAACUCAUCUUUAGAAACAGGAACUAUUGAUUUAGAUAACACACAAUCUAAUGACAUGAUGAUUAUCCCAGAUUAUCAUAUGAAUGUACCUGUUACAGUUUCAGCUGAUAAUUCGAAUAUAGUAGUAGUUUACAGCCAUCCUGUUGAAGAUCCAAAUAAACAAUACUCACUGAUAACAACACAAGGAGAUUUUGUUCAGUCAUCAGCUAUAAUAACGCAAAAUUAUGAGACAGUCACAACUUGUACUCCUGUGGUGACUACACAUACACUAGAAAGUACUUGGCAAAACAAUGUCCAUGCAACUAUAAAUAAACUUCCUGUAACUCCUUCAGUAGAAUUGCAAACAAUGUCAACAAGUGAAUCCAUAACAAUAGCUCCAAAAGAAAAUGUCCAAAGUAACAGUAUAAAUGAACUUCCAGAGGUUCAGUUCAGGUCAGUCACUUCAGAACCAGUCACAAUAGAAGUAGCCCAAACUGAAACAUGUAUAAAUAAUUUUAAUGAACCUAAUAUAGGUACAAUCACUCAGCAAAGGAGCAAUCCGUCAGUAGGUCAACAAAGCACCAUUGCUACUCUUGCAGAUUCAACUUGUCUGAGCAAAAUGCAACAAGUUCAGAUUGAAUCUCUACCUAGCACAAAUCAUGAUCAAAUGGCUAUUACUACAUAUAAUCAAGCAUCUUCCCUCACUGAAGAACCCAGCACAACUGCACAUGAGGUUGCUUCAACCCCAAAUGAAUUAGAGCCUGUUAUUGUUGAAGAGGUAUUGUACCAAAACAGUGAUAUUUCAUCAGCCAAAAUUGUUGCAGUAAAUGUGACAACAAUUAAUGAAAGUUGUGAUUCAGUAAUUGAGGGCACAAAUUGUCACAUGAAUAAUACACCUGAAAUUCCCACCUCUACUGUUCCUAAUGAAACAACUGAAGACAAUGAGCAGUUGCCCAAAACUAUUAGCGAAGUUCAAGAAACAAUAGAAAAUAUCGCUAGAGACAUUGAUGAAACUGAAAAUGUCCUAAAUGAACAAGAACAGUGCAUAUUAACUGACCAAAGUAAAACGAAAGUAACAUUAACCAAAAUAGCAAAAGAGCAAAUUGAAAAUUUGACUUCCGAAUGGUCAGAAGAUGAGAGUGAAAUAACAUUAGCAGAGCAAAGGAAAUUACCAAAUACAAAUUUAGAAGUGCACAAGAGAAUGCCUACAGAAUUGGAUGAAGCUGAAGAAUCCAUUGAAAAUAUUCAAAAAGAAGUGAAUAAACAAUCUGUUGAGUUAAAUGCCGAAGGUAACAAUGUUCCAAAUGUUUCACCAGGUUUACCCACAAAGGACAGCGAAAAUCCAAUAGCUGAUCCACAAAAAAAAAUCUCAUCACUGCUUCAUGAUUGGGAUGACAAUGAUUCUCAGGAAGAAGUUACACCCACUGAUAAUGAAAAUGAAGAAAAUCAACAGUCUUCAAACAACCAAGAUGAAAGUUUAAGAACAAUUGAUAAUAGUGGUACAGAUGACGUCAGUGAUACUGUUGAUAAUGGUGAUGAUAUAAAUAAAAACGAUAAUAUUAAGAGAUUAGUCAGUGAUUGGGAUGAGGAUGAUGAAGAAGAAAAUAAGGAUUGAUCUGAAAGUAUAGAGUAGUUUGUUUUCAAAUCACUAUUAUAUAGUUGUGUAUUUAUAAAGUAAAUAUACAUAUUAAGAAUCCGUUAGUUAUAUUAAGGGUUUAUAAUAUAUUAGACACUUAAGAAGCAACAUGCAAUAAUAUAUAUUAUAGUUCAUGUUAUAAUAUUUCACUGUGUAUAAGUGUGCCUAUAAAUUAGUAAGUAAGUAGUAAUGUUUGAUGUCUGCAUUUAGUGUUAGAAGUUUGUGCCUAUACAUUAUACAAAUUGUAUUUUUUGCUUAUAGCAGUAAUAUAUUUUUUAUGUCCUUAUAAAAAAUAGCGAUUUAUUUAUUUCUAUGUAUUGUUUAUAGUACAUAGCUUAAAACAUCGUCUUUUUACACAAGCUGAUUUUUUAUAUUUAUGAAUGUAUGAUCCAUGAAUGUUCUAAUGUAACUACAAAACUGCUUUAGACCUGUCAAUUUAAUUUAUGAGAUACACAAAACUAAUUUGACAGGCCCCUUGUGUUAAUGAUACACUUUUCUGAUUCUUUUUAGAUUCACAUUACUGCAACCACAUUAGAACAUUUAUAUGGUUUAUACGUAUAUAACAUGUAUAUCUAAAACUAAAAAUGGAUGUUAUGUUAGCUGUACAUAAUCAUUUACAAUUAGGAACAUUAUGAGAUUAGUGUAGAGUAUGUUUAAUGAUAGCCAUUCAAUUUAAAAAUGAAUUUAUCAACUCCACAUUAUUUAAUGUUAUGUUUAAUGGUGUAA